ACGGUGACGGGAGGGGAGGGGGGGGGGCGUUAAAGGCCGCGCGGCGGGGCCGGGUGCGGGCCGUGCGGCCAUGGCCUACGCGGGGUUGGCGCAGGAGUACCUGGGGGUGCCGGCCGUGACCAGGGCCUACACCACGGCCUGCGUGCUCACCACCGCCGCCGUGCAGCUGGAGCUCCUCACCCCCUUCCAGCUGUACUUCAACCCCGACCUCAUCUUCAGGAAGCUCCAGGUCUGGAGGCUGGUCACCAACUUCCUCUUUUUCGGGCCCCUGGGAUUCAGUUUCUUUUUCAACAUGAUAUUUCUCAGCGCGAGGUACAGGUACUGCCGCAUGCUAGAAGAAGGCUCUUUCCGUGGAAGGACAGCUGACUUUGUCUUCAUGUUCCUUUUCGGAGGGUUUCUUAUGACACUAUUUGGUCUCUUUGCCAGCCUGUUUUUCCUGGGCCAGGCUUUCACCAUCAUGCUGGUGUACGUGUGGAGUCGCAGGAACCCCUAUAUUCGCAUGAACUUCUUCGGGCUCCUUAACUUCCAGGCCCCCUUCUUGCCCUGGGUCCUGAUGGGCUUCUCUCUGCUCCUGGGCAAUUCCAUCAUCAUUGACUUGCUGGGGAUUGCAGUGGGUCACAUCUAUUACUUCUUGGAAGAUGUCUUCCCCAACCAGCCUGGAGGAAAGAAGUUGCUUUUAACUCCCAGCUUUCUGAAGAUGGUAUUUGACACACCCGAAGAGGAUCCCAACUAUAACCCCCUCCCUGAGGAUCGUCUGGAAAAUCAGCCUGGAGACCAGGACCUGAACCAGCAGCCCCCCCAGUAACACAGAGGACGCCUCUAUGUGGCCAGAUUCCUCUCUCCUAGCUGGGCUUACGCUGUGCCCCAGAUCCCACUGGAAUAAUACUCGUUGCCGCCA